CUAAUCGUAAGUCAAUCAACUUCUGGUCAAUCAAUCAGAAACGUAGUGAAGUUAGAAACAGGAAUAACAUAACCUAAAGACAUUCUUUGUGUGGUUUGUAGGCAACAUGGCGCGUGGGCCAAAGAAACAUUUGAAACGUUUAAAUGCACCUAAGGCAUGGAUGUUGGACAAACUUGGAGGAGUUUUUGCCCCUCGUCCAUCAGCAGGUCCACACAAGUUAAGGGAAUCGCUGCCAUUGGUCAUAUUUUUAAGAAAUCGUCUUAAAUAUGCUUUAACAAAUUCAGAAGUGACUAAGAUUGUUAUGCAAAGGUUAAUUAAAGUUGAUGGAAAAGUGAGGACAGAUCCUAAUUAUCCAGCUGGUUUUAUGGAUGUAAUAACAAUUGAGAAAACUGGAGAGUACUUUCGACUAAUUUAUGAUGUAAAAGGCCGUUUUACUAUUCAUCGUAUUACAGCUGAGGAAGCUAAGUACAAAUUGUGUAAGGUAAGGAAAGUUCAAACUGGCCCCAAAGGUGUUCCUUUCCUUGUGACUCAUGAUGGAAGAACUAUUCGUUAUCCAGACCCAAUCAUUAAAGUUAAUGACACCAUCCAAUUAGAAAUUGCCACAUCUAAGAUCCUGGAUUUCAUUAAGUUUGAUUCUGGAAACUUAUGCAUGAUUACAGGAGGCCGUAACUUGGGAAGAGUUGGAACAGUUGUUAAUAGAGAAAGACAUCCAGGGUCCUUUGAUAUUGUUCACAUAAAGGACGCAAAUGGUCAUGUGUUUGCUACUAGAUUAAACAACGUUUUCAUAAUUGGCAAGGGUAGUAAAGCAUUCGUUUCUUUACCAAGAGGAAAGGGUGUUAAGCUGUCCAUUGCAGAAGAAAGAGACAAGCGACUAGCUGCUAAAACCCAUUAGUUGUUUAAUUGAAAAAUUUAAUAAAAAAUUUAACAGUU